AUGCCGAGGCAGAACAACGGCUUGGGCAUGAACCUGCUGAUACCUGGCAAAAUCAGAAAGCGAGGGUGCUCGUCGUCAGCAUCUUCGUCGUCUUCGAUCAUCCAAAACUACAGAUUCAAGAGGGCGAUACUGGUGGGCAAGAGGGGCCGAUCCAGUACGCCCGUGCCCACAUGGAAGCUCAUGAGCUCCAGGUCACCUACCGCGUCGGCAUUGCGCGCCAUGGACUCCCCCAACUACGCCGCCUCCUCCCAGAACGGCGCCAGCAGGUCCAAGCAGCAAGCGCCAGUGUCUGCCAGGAAGCUCGCCGCCACGCUCUGGGAAAUGAACGACAUGCCGUCUCCGAGAGUGAGGGAAGGGUCGUCGGACGAGAGGAGGCUGAGGAAGAUGGAGAUUAUGAAUAGUAAGGCCAGAGAGAGAGAAAGGAUCGCGAGAUCGGCGCACUCGGGUUCUCUGCCUCCCCAUCUCUCCGAUCCGUCUCAUAGUCCUGUUUCCGAGAGGACGGACAGAUCUGGAACUGGUAGUUUCCAUCGAAGGACGCCCUCCAUUUCACAGAGGCUCAGGCUCACAGACCACCAUGCUGGAAUGUUGGAUUCUCAUCGCAAUGGCAGCUUAAUGGAGGUUGAGACUAGAUCUAGAGCCCAGACUCCUACUGCUUCCACUGUUGGAGUCAAGACUCAUUUGAAGGAUGUUAGCAAUGCUUUGACCACGUCUAAAGAGCUACUGAAAAUUAUCAACCGCAUUUGGGGUAAUGAAGAUCGGCCUUCCUCAAGCAUGGCCCUCAUCUCAGCCUUACAUGCUGAGCUGGAGAGGGCUCGUUUACAGGUCAAUCAGCUUAUCCAAGAACAACGCGCAGACCAGAAUGAGAUCAAUUAUCUCAUGAAGUGUUUUGCUGAUGAAAAGGCAGCUUGGAAAAGCAAAGAGCACAAAGUUGUUGAGGCUGCUAUUGAGGCUGUUGCAGGUGAACUUGAGGUAGAGAGGAAACUGAGAAGAAGGUCUGAAAGCUUGAAUAAGAAACUUGGGAAAGAACUGGCAGAGACAAAAGCCUCUCUUGUUAAGGCGGUGAAAGAACUUGAGAGUGAGAAGAGAACUAGAGAGAUAAUGGAACAAGUAUGUGAUGAAUUAGCCAGGGACAUUGAUGAAGAUAAAUCUGAAGCAGAGGAAGUGAAGAGGGAGUCUUCAAAAGUUCGGGAAGAUGUUGAGAAGGAAAGGGAGAUGAUGCAGUUUGCAGAUGUGUUGCGUGAAGAGAGAGCUCAAGUGAAACUCUCAGAGGCAAAACAUCAGCUUGAGGAGAAGAAUGCAGCUGUUGAUAUAUUGAGGAGUCAACUUGAAGCUUUUAUGGGAAGUAAAAGAACCAAAGAAAAGGGACGUGGUUCUGCUCAUCUGAAUGAUGAAGAAAUUUCUGCGUAUCUAAGCAGAGCUCAUCUUGGUUCCCAUCAGGAUGAUGAAAAAGAUGAGGAUGGAGGAGAAGUUGAAGAUGGAAUAGAAUGUGAAGAGGAUUCUGCUGAAAGUGAUCUUCAUUCCAUAGAGUUAAGCAUGGGCAACAACAACAGAAGCUACAACUUGAUUCAUGCUUCUGGAGCUGCUCGUGAUCCAAGGUGGGCUGCACUUGAUGUUGAAGAAAUUAAAGGGAGGAAGUCUACAUCUGGGAAGCCACCAAGAAGAAGCACUUCUUUGCAAAGAAGCAUAUCAGAUGGAGUGGAAUGGGGUAUGCAAGCUGAAAAGCUCCAAAAUUCAGGAGAUGGGAUAGAUUGGGAGAGAUUUCCUGAACUGGAGAGGCAAAGACAAGAGCAAGGAAAAGGUCGCGGAGAUGAAAUGAAAGGUUAUAAAUCGUCAAAGGGUCUUAGGGACCAAAUGUUGUCUGGUUCCAGGCUUGGACCGGCUAGAGUUCAUGCUAGUCCAACACGGCAAUGGGGGCAGCCAUGGCCUUCACGGGAUCCUACCGGUACAUUUCAAGAUAGGCCUCCCAGUGCGCAAGGCAAUGGUUCAAAGUCGAGGCUAGGGGAAGCUAGAGGCGAAGGCCAGAAUGGCAGAAGGUCAAAACGGUGA